UCGCGUCGGCCGCACACGCGCUGCUCCCCCACAGCGCUCAGAAGCCAACGCAUUGGAAAAACAAUUGUAGAAAUCGCCGAGUCGAAAAAGUCAAAAGUAUCUCAAUCUGAACGCGCAACGCAGUGUGCAACAACCAACAUUCGAAAUUCAAACACAAAAAUUAGUGCCAAAAAUAAAAAGCCAACAAAAACAAAAAUAUGUUUUCAAUCGGAAUAUCUAACAAAUCAUGAAAAGCCAGCCAGCCCCAAUGGCCGCUACACGUGUGUGCUUUAGCAAACGUCUCUAAUCGAACCCAGAUCCAAAACACUUGACAACAAAAGCCUCCAAUUGAACAAAACACACACAAAACUUGUGGAACACAGAAAGUGAAAAACAACAACAACAACAACAAUAAAAAAGCAUUCCAAUGUUGUCCUGUUUGGCGCCAUCGUCUACACGUUUUGGCCAAGAGGAUAACAUUAUACAGCAGAGCAUGCCAUCGUCAGCCUUCUCCAUGCAGUUUUCCUCUUUGGCCUCCAGUUUGCACCACCACCAAGCCCACAACAAGCCCAGCAAUGCGGCUGCCAACCCAGAGCUGGCCAGCAGCGCCACAGCCAAUGCAGCUGAGGACUGUUUGGUCAAGUGCACGCAGUGCCACAAGCGCUUCACUGAGUUCCAGUCCUUCAGCGAGCACAUUGCCAACGAGCAUCCGCAUGACAAGCUCAACUAUGAGGCGCAUCGUGCGGCCGCUGAGGCUGCGCAGCCGGAGAGCGAGGCGGAGGAGGAUGAGCAGAGCAAUUUGAGCAGCAGCAGUCGUCGCUAUGCCAAAUCUCCAGCUACCAACAACAACAACAACAACAGCGAAACAGCAAAGAAUCAAAAUAACAACAACAACAGCAACAGCAACAGCGGCAGCCAUAGAAGCCAGCACUCACCUCUCUGCUCACCAGUUGCAGCCACGCCCAACGAUCUGUUUGCCCACCUGCCGCAUCCACCGCCGCAGCUGCCCGCCCAUCUGCACGCCCAAUUCAUGGCCGCCGCCGCCUUGGCCAUGCAAUCCGCCCGAUCCGCCAGUUCACCCAGCCAACAGCAGCAGCAGCAACAGCAGCAGCAGCAGCAACAGCAGCUGCAACAGUCGCCGCAGCUGCAGCAGGCCUUGCUGCUGCCGCCGCCACAGCCCGGCAGCAACAGCAGCGUCGGCAGCAACUCCGCCUAUGACUUGGACUUGAGUGCGCCGCGCUCCACCUCCAGCCCGGGCUCCACAACGGGCGACCUCGGCGCCGCCUUUGCCUGCAUGCAGUGCACCGCCGCCUUCGCCAGCAGCGAGCAGCUCGAGCAGCACCAGCUGCUGCACUCGCCCACGGGUCCACAGACCACACAAAAUGUGACACAGACCUGCAAAAUAUGCCACAAGGCCUUCGCGAACGUGUAUCGCCUCCAGCGGCACAUGAUCAGUCACGACGAGUCGGCGCUGCUGCGCAAAUUCAAAUGCAACCAGUGCGACAAAGCCUUCAAAUUCAAGCAUCAUCUGAAGGAGCAUGUGCGGAUCCAUUCCGGCGAGAAGCCUUUUGGCUGCGACAACUGCGGCAAGCGUUUCUCACACUCGGGCAGCUUCUCCUCCCACAUGACCUCCAAGAAGUGCAUUAGCAUGGGCCUCAAGCUCAGCAACAAUCGCCAAAUGCUCAAAACUCUCGACAAGAAUUCGAACGCUAGACGUUCGCCCUCAGAUCAGCAGCAGCAGCAGAUGGCGGGCAAGCGAAAGCUGCCCGAACAGGUGCUGCCCAAUCCCAUGAACUACUUUGCCGGCGAAGUGCAAAGCCCACCCACUGCUGUCAACGCUCCCGCGCCCUUUUAUUCCAACUACAAUGCCAUGAAUGCGGCUUUGUUGGCAUUCCCGAAUGCUUUUAUGGCGGCCGCGCUGGAUCCGCGCAUGCAUCCCUACAGCAUACAGCGACUCUUGGAGCUGACUGCUGCCGGGCAGCAGCAGCAGCAACACCAGCAGCGGGAGGAGCAGCUGGAGCAGGAUCACAGAGAGGAGCAGAAACUGUAUGAGAACAGCAAAGAUGAUGAUGAGACGCCCGAUGAGCCCAAAUUGGUUAUGGAUUUGGAAGAAUCGGAGCCCAAGCCCACGGCCAGCCCUGAAUUGCCUGUCGCUGAGCCAGUUGCUAUCGAUGUAGGCGUUGUCAAGCAGGAGCCCAGUCGCGAGCCGACGCCCCCGGACACGCCCAAGUCCAUCAAAGUGGAGCACGAGGAGGAGCUGGAGGCAUCGACCGUGGAACAAUCGCGUGCGCAGACACCUCAAGCUCUGCGCUGCAGCCGCUGUGCCAAGCAAUUCAAUCAUCCCACAGAGCUGGUGCAGCAUGAGAAGGUGCUGUGCGGCCUUAUCAAAGAGGAGCUGGAGCAGCAAUACCAACAGCAACAUCAACAGCACCAGCAGCAGCAGCAGCAGCAGCAGCAACAACAACAGCAGCAGCAGCAGCAGCAACACCAACAACAGCAGCAACAGCCACAGUCGAGCUUUGCUCUGCUGCCGUCAGCUAGCGAUGCGGACGAGGAUGAGGAGGACGAGGAGGAGCCACGCCAGGAUUACCAUGCUGGCGGCAGCGACAGUGGCGAGCGCAAAGUGCGCGUGCGCACCGCCAUCAACGAGGAGCAGCAGCAGCAACUCAAGCAGCACUACGCCCACAAUGCGCGUCCCAGCCGGGACGAGUUUCGCUUGAUAGCCGCCCGCCUGCAGCUAGACGCGCGCGUCGUCCAAGUCUGGUUCCAGAACAAUCGUUCACGCGAACGCAAGAUGCAGAGCUAUGCGAGCAACGGCGAGUCCGCAGCUGCAGCUCCAACAGUGCCGCAGCCACGCGCUGGCGAGGAUCAGCCGCUGGACUUGUCCGUCAAACGUGAUCCUUCGCCGUUGUACGGCUUGUCAUCACAGCAGGCAGCUGUGCUGCCCGCACCCGCUGACUUUCAGGAGUCCAUGGCCAUUAAUCUGAGCCGCAAGCUCUCCGGAUCGGCGUCCAUGUCGCCAGCUUCGUUGUCGCCCUGCUCGGGCGCCUCAUCGCUGCAGCAAUCGGCGGCAGCUGCUGCUGCCGCUGCAGCGCUUUACUUUGCGCCCCCCUCGCCGCCCAGCUUGCACGAGUCGGCGCCCGCUUUGGCGACGACGCACAGCGCAGCACCGCGUGGCCAGGCAUUUGCCGGGCUGCCGCCCUACAUGCUGCCACGCCUGCCAAUGGAGGCACUUUUCCAGAUGCGCCCCGGAGGCGACUAUGCGCCCAAUCCGCUCAUGAACAGUAUUAAGCUGCCCGACUAUCGCGGCACCAGCCUUAGCCCCGGCGGCUCCGAGAAGCGUUCGUGGCGCGACGAUGAUUCGCGCAUCUCGCACGAUGAUGACUACGUGCUGACCAGCGGCGGUCUGCUGCCGCCCAAGCCCAAGCGAGUCAAGGCCGAAACACAUGGCCAUGCGGGAGAUCCGGACUUGCCCUUCGUCUGCGAUCAGUGCGACAAGGCGUUCGCCAAGCAGAGCUCACUGGCGCGCCACAAGUACGAGCAUUCCGGUCAGCGUCCCUAUCAGUGCAUGGACUGCCCCAAGGCCUUCAAGCAUAAGCAUCAUUUGACGGAGCACAAGCGUCUGCAUUCCGGCGAGAAGCCAUUUCAAUGUUCCAAGUGCUUGAAGCGCUUCUCCCACUCGGGCAGCUACAGCCAGCACAUGAACCACCGUUACUCCUACUGCAAGCCCUACAGGGAAUAGGUAAGCGACACCUCAGUGC